AUGGGUUCCAAAUUCUCCAAGGCCGUGCGACCGCACGUGAGGGUUGUUGCCUCGCCAUCCGCAACUGCCCAACAUGAUGCAAACGAAAACGAAGCUCGCCAAGACUCCACCCCACGGCUGCCAGAUAAUGCGCCUACCAGCAUGGAGCAGCCAGGAGAUGCAACGGCAGCCUUCAGCUUAUUCCUAGCAGGCCAGCAGCUCAUGUCGAUCGAAUACGCCGCAACAGACCCUAUGCCUCCGCCGCCUGCAGUGGCAUUUACACCACAUCCUCCACCAGAAAUCGAUGUACAAUGCUUGAUCUGCUGCACCCAGUUACCGAAAGAGAGGGAUCCGAUGCACGCCAAAGAGGUUCUCAGGCCAUGCAGGUUGUGUAAUAACGCAUACUGCAUAACCUGCGUCAAGAAAAUGUUUAUUGAGGCUUGCAAGAACACGUCGAGUAUGCCGCCGAGCUGCUGCGGGCAGAUUCACCUCCACAAUGUGCGACCGUACCUAUCGCAAGAGGAAAUCGCCGAGUUCAAGUCAAAGUACGAGGAAUGGUCGACACUGAAGCCUUUCUACUGCCCCAUACCGACAUGCUCAGUUUUUAUUCCGGGGCGCCUAUUGCCGCAGCAGGCGAAAUCCGAGGGCAAACGCGUCGAUUCUGGAAUUGGAACGCCAACCGCCAACACCUUUGAUUGUCCAACGUGUCAAGCAGGAAUAUGCGUAGGUUGUCGACAAGUAGCACAUCCAAAUAGCUUGUGCAACGUUGGUGAGUUUGGCAUUGACGCAGAAACCGAGGCGUUACUGAAGGGAUGGGGAUACAAAAAGUGUCCAAAAUGUGGCCAUGGACUGAGGCGAAUGUACGGUUGCGCCCACAUGGCGUGUAGGUGUGGCGCCCAUUUCUGUUGGGGUUGCAUGAAGAGCUGGGAUAGUCAUUAUGCAGAAUGUGAUGAGGACGAGGAAGAGAGGUAUAGCGAUGUCGAGUCAGUCGCGUCAGAGGCCAUCGAGUCCGUUGGAGUGGAAACCUCUGGAGCCAAUCCCGCAGGUGCUACCGUAGAAGCUCCACAAGAUAGCCCAACGCACACGACGACACCUCCCCAGGCCAUCAUUCCCCCGCGGAAUCUCGAUGGCGGCCCAGAAAGCUACUGGAUAGAUCAGGAGGAUCUAGACUUCGGCGCAGAACCGGGCGACGACAUGAGAGACCGCGCCUGGCAUUGCUACCACGCCUUCUCCGCGUACAAGAUCAGUCUCGCUACUGCCCUGACCAAGGACACCACCAUGACGGACAUGGAGUGCAUGAACUGCUGGGGGGUUAUCCGCCCUGCGAUCGACAUGGGCAAGACUUCGCACAAAGCAAAUGAGACGAUGGUACCUGCCGGCGCUGGAGGUAGUCGAAGAGGUAUUAGGCGAGGAAGGGGACGAGGGAGGGUACGGUACAUGCCGCCGAGAGGAUUGUUCGCGGCCGACGCUACUGUGGGGACGGCGCCCCAUCUUACAGCUACCAUGUCGGCGCUGUCUCAGAGUGUGCCUACUCUCGAAGUGUCGCCGAUGGAGGAUGUGCAAUUUACUGAUCGCGUGGUCGAUACCUACGGUAACAUCAUCGCAACGACGGACCUGGAAGCACCACGCCGCGCUUCUCUUGACACCUCUAAGCCUUUGGGCCGUCAGGCUAUUACCUCCAACGCCUUGUCAAACGUCUUCUCGAGUACAACGACGAAAUUCAGCUUGGCCCACGAGUGUAGUGACUGUGGCCUACUCGUCUGCGAGUCCUGUAAAGACGCUACAUUGGCGGCACUGGAGGCUAGAAGAGAAGCUUCUUCUGAGAUGAACGACGAAGAUAUCUUGUCCCAAUAGGAUUGGCGGUAUCUUCUUCCGCAGACCUUGUUCCCCUUCAGCGAUCUUUUUAGCGUGUCUUCUUGAGCAUUUUACUCACUGUCUGGGAACGGGGCACCUAGUGUCUAUCGGCGUUCCUUUGGCGUGGAGUCUUCCUUGGGUGAAGCGUUGCAUAUAAGAGCACAUUCCUGCUUGCUAGAGCAGUCCAUUUCCAAUGGCUUGCAUCGUCACAACUGAGGCAUAGUGAGGCGCAAUUCCUUUUCUAAACCUUCUCAUUAGUAGAAGGUUUUUUUAAUGCUCGAGAUCUUGG